GUUUCAUUAUUCUUUCACAUUUAUGGAGCUAGCUACUAAUAUAUAACUUCAAGUUGUUAAUACUUUAUCAAUACUACGCCAUUAAUAAGAUUUACUAAUUCUAGAUCCCACACAUACUCAUAUCAAUUGGCCAUGAAAAUUGUACAUACGAUCAUUUUGAUUUGAUCCGCAAGUGCAUGAUCGAACCUAUUUUGAUUUUUGACGCAUUCUACUUGCAUACGUAUUACAUGUUCGAGGAGUAGUGUGUCGUGGCAAGACAUAAUUAUUAACCUCUAUUCUUGCACUAUUCUUGAUUCGUUGUUAUAUCUCAAUUAUUUACACAAAUUAAUAUUCUUUUGAAUAUAUUCAUACUAUUUUGACUCUUCCUUCAUAAACUAUUGAUAGUGAUGACAAUUUCUGAUUUGACUUGCGCGACCCGAUUGACCAUAACCUGUUUCUGGCGGGUUUUACCACUUCUGAUUUGUCUCUUGCUCGUUCACCCCCAUUCUCGACCCAUUCUAUCAUUAGUUGCAUCAAUAUCUAUAUGUAUUUAUCCUCUUUAGUCUUUCUAUAAUCAUAUUUUCAUCUCAAAGAAAUUUUAAAACUAACUUUCAACUAUUUAGACUCAAUUAUUUAUUGUACAACAUUUCUCAUUCAUUUACGAAUUGUUUUAUCUAUGUUCUUGUACAAGAGUUAAAUAUCAAUGUUAUUUUUUCAAAUAACAUAUAAGAAUUGUUAGACCCGUCCCGCUCUGAUAGAACUCGUAUUCCGAGCUCUACCUAGGGAUUAGGAAAAGGAGAUCAACUAGGGAUUGAUCCGGUGAUUUGGAAAUAGGAAGAGGAGUGGAUUUGGGGGUUUGAUCAAGAAGAGAGAAGAGAAGGGAGGAGCUGUCGCGCGGCAGCCAAGGAAGAGGAGGAAGAAGAAGGCUCGGCGGCCAGAGGGAAGAGUGAGAGGGGAAGUACUCAAAAGUAGGUUUAGGUUUAAUCUUGCUUACCCAUUUCUACGUAACAUCACAGUUUAAGUACUAAAACAUAAUUUCCUAUCACUACCCCAACUUAUUAAUCUUAACCCAUUCCCAAAUCAAACCCACAUAAACAAUUCUUAACAAUCAAAUUCGAAUCACAAUAAACAAAUAACUUAAAUGUCUAUCACGCUCCGGACGAGUAUUUCUCCACCUGUUCCGCACUUAAUGCAAGGUGGCAUAACACUAAACACGCCUCACCUCAUUGUCAUCACUAGCUAUUGUAAUUACGAUUUAGAUCGAGCUUUCGAUUUUCUUAUUACAAUAUUUAUUUAUUACAAUUUAAAAGGGCGAGAUUAAUUUCUACCAAAAAAAAAGGGCGAGAUUAAUUAGCGGCAUUUCUUUAUGAAAUAAUUAAAUUAUAAUAAUUGGGAUAUAAAACUAAUAAACUCACCGCCCCUGCCUGAUGCAACUCAAUCUCUUUCUAUCGCGGAGGCGUCAAUAAUGAAUAAACCGGGCGAAAACUCAAACCAUUGUUGCUUCCUGUUCUCUUUUUGAUUUGCGAGCCACUGGAAAUUUCUAUCUCUGCCUUCUUCCUAUUACCCCUUAGUUUCCAACAAACCCAAUUCGUAAAGAUCCCUAAUUUACGAGAAAUCAUGCCUUCCAAUCCAGAUCACCUGCCGCCGCCGCCGCCGGCGGCCGGGGCAGGCACCACCGUACACCCACCACCGCCGAAGCCGAACCCAAAGCUCCUCUCUUUACUCCUCAAGGCCUUGAUAAUGAUCUUCAUAACGACCCUCUUCUUCCUCUUCCUCGGCGUCGCGGCAAUCCUCCUCCUCCUCGCCACCGCCGCCCUCCACCGCCAUUCCAAUCCGGCCAACAACAACAACAAUCCCUCCUCAGCCGCCACUGUCGACGGGAUCUCGUUUCGCGACCUGAAGCAGAGGCUUCCCCAAUUCAGGUUCUCCAGGAGGAUGCAGAAAGGCGGCGAGGUGGAUGAAUGCGUGGUGUGUUUGGAUUCGAUCAAGCAGGGGGAAUGGUGCAGGAAGCUUCCCGUGUGUGGGCACGUGUUCCAUCGGCGGUGCGUGGAUCCGUGGCUGGUAAAGGUGCCGGCUUGCCCGAUUUGCCGGGCUAGGGUUCAGCUGGGGAAUUCGGUGGAGAAGGACGGAAGGAAUGGUGGUUGGGGUUUCGAUUGGAGGAAUGAAUUCAGUGUAUGGUAGAAAGAAACGUGUUUUCCCCUCGUAAGUGUCAACAAUUUUGGUUAAAGUUAUGUUUUUUUUCCCCUUCAAGUUCCUGGAGUUCCCCUGUAUAUUGUAACUAUGGUGGCCUUUUGAUCUUAUGGUAAUGGGAUGAUAAUUUUCUGCUUCUACUCGAGGUCACUGUUCGGAUUAUGUUUAGAGAUUGGUGGGAUUCUUGAAUUUCUUGUAGCAUGGAUUGCAGGUUAUGAUUAAGGUUUCAGAUUUGCAGGACAUGGUCAUCUUGGUUUAUGAUUCAGAUUUCAGGUGCCAAAGGAGGCGCCAUAUCCAGCUGAGAGUGCUCUGCAGGAAGGGUAUGGAGAUUCUUCGUGAAAUUCGAGUUAUUGGUAUGAACUGGUUCUCAAUGUAUUUCUUGCUCUUGCCUGGAAAUGGUUCGAGGAGUCUGAUAUUACGGGUUUCCUUGCUUAAUUUCACCCUUCCACGAAGGAGGAGUGAGAAUCGGUGUAGAUAGAUCAUAGGUUAGUCUGUUUGUUGAUGCCUAAUUUUCUCAGUUGGUGCAGUAGAGGAAUGUGGUUGAUGAAGCUUUUGAUAGCCAUGGAGUUCACCACAAGAAGCAAUAGAGUUUAGAUUGGAGAUAGGUAUCGAAAGGUUGUGCCUUUAAACACUUUGAAAAGACAAGUGGAUCAUAUACUUGUGACAAUGUUGUUGUUUUGGCCAGACUUUUCUGGGUAAGUUUAUGCUUUGAUAGUGUGUUACUGAGCCUCAACAAACGGUAAAGCAGCAGACUUUCAACUGUGUUUGAAUCCGGAUUGCUACGAUUCAGGAUUGGGCACGUAGUAGUGUCUCUGUUUCUUCGUUCUGAAUGGAUAUGGUUGGAACUUGGAAGACUAGUGGCUGAAAUCUGGUUGCUUUCAUCAACCUAAGAAGGAAGAGUAGAUUGGGCUCUUUGGUCGAAAUGUUGUAUUAGGGGAGAUGCGGUCUUGACUCUUGAUUAUGACCUUUAAGCUAAUACAACUCUUGAUGACUCCAAAAAUAUAAGAGCACAACAACACUGAAAUUACUCCAAAAUAAUGAAAUACCAACCAAAUACGGGAUUAGCUAUUGUCCUUAUUGAAGAAAUGAAAUCCUAUUGUGUGGAAGUUUGUGAGUAGAUUAAAUUAUGUGCAUCCAAGUUUGCAACAACUAUUUGUGAGUACAUUAAAUUAUGCGAAUGCGACAACUAUCACCUUUUUCUUUUGCACGCUCCUACUAAUUCGCAUGUCCAAUAAUCCCCUCGUAUCGUUGUUCUGAAUCUCGGAACUCGGUUUGAUUUUUUCGUGUUUAUCAUUGGAAAAUCAUGUCGCACACAGUUCAUGUUUCUAAGACUUAAUCCAAAGUAAUGAGUGUUGUCAUGCAUUCUUUCCUCUUCACUACAACGUUGUGCAUGUAACAACCAUGGUCUUUUUUCUUCUUGCUCCUAUUUAUUGACAUGUCCCUUAACCCCCUCGUAUUGAGGUUCUUCAUCGUGGAGCUAGAUUUGGUUUUCUCUUUGUUUAUAUAGUCUCUUGUUCUAAGUCUUUAUCCAAACUUAUGAGUGUUGUUCACGCAUUUGUUGUUCUUCACCACGAUGUAUAAAUCAUUAAUUUGAGUUGGAUGUGGUUGUCUAUAAAAAUGGAGUAGAUAUAUAUAUUUUUGUAAGGCCACAUUUUUCUUUCUAUUUUUUGAGUAAAGAUAUUACAUAUCU